CAGGAGACACCGCUGAGGAACAGCCCGAGCCCUCCCAACAGCACCGGGGGCACCAUCGACAGCGAUAGUUGGGAUCCCCGCUUCAAUGACGUCCCCUCUUCCGUGUCCCUGCCCGCCAAGAACAGAAAGAGCUUCAGUCAGCUGAAGCGAGCGAAGCCAUACGGUUCUCUGUACCAGCGGGCAAAACCUGGCAACUUCCUGCCAGAGCGAAAGCAAAUCGAUAAAAUCAGGAAGAAGAAAAAGCUGAAGAGGAGGGAAACGGAGGUGUCUGCAGAGGAGGACUACGAGGAGAAGCUGCUGGGGCUGGAAGCAGAGGACUCUUACGCAGAGACACCACUGAGCCCCUCGUCUGAGGGGGAGCCUCAGUCUGUGACCGAGCACAGCUCGGCCUGGGACUCUGACACGCCGACUGGCGUCUCCUACCCCACCGUGACGGCCGAGCAGACGGUGGAGAUCCAGAGCGUCGGCAAACGAACGGUCAUUCGGCAGGGCAAGCAGGUGGUCUUUCGGGAUGAGGAUGGCACCGGUGACGACGAGGACAUCAUGGUGGAUUCGGAUGACGACUCGUGGGACCUCGUCACUUGCUUCUGCAUGAAGCCUUUUGCUGGGCGGCCCAUGAUCGAGUGCAACGAGUGCCACACCUGGAUCCACCUCUCCUGUGCCAAAAUCCGCAAGUCCAAUGUCCCAGAGGUCUACAUAUGCCAGAAGUGCCGGGACUCCAAGUUUGACAUUCGCCGUUCGAACCGCUCCCGGACGGGUUCGCGCAGGCGCUUUCUGGACUAGGGGUGGGAGGCGUGUGCUGCUGCUCUGCUUGGGCAGGCGGGCGAGCUGCGACACCGGCCAGAGGCCGGGAGAGCUCCCCUGAACUGCUGCUGCUCAGGCUGAAGGGCUGCCCGGCCCGCCUGCGGUACAGGGACGAGGAAUCGCCGGGUCGUGGACAGCCGAGGCUGGAAGAGGCCGACUGGUCAGAACUGCUGCUA